AUGGGUGACAGAUACAAUCGGUUUAAUCCAUCAAAUAUUCGCCAGAAAAACAUGUUCUUGCCGAUGCUCUGUUCUAAGCCGGCGACCAAAGACUGCCGGCCGCCGAGAUGCGACCGGGACCGUUCGGAGUCAUUUUCCGGCGACCCUUUGUCGCCGAGAAUCGGAUGUAUGGGUCAAGUGAAGCGGAAUAACAGAGUUGCUGGUCUUCCGAUUUCCCAUAGGAUUUUGAUUACGACCAAAAAUGAGAACAGUCCCACCGUUGGUUACUUAAAGUUGAAGAAAUUUUUCUCCAGCAAAAAUCUCUUGGCUUCCCCCUCCCCCUCUGGCACCGGCACCACCAGGUCCACCGCCGUCACCGCCGCCGCUGCAUCGGUAUCUACAGCGGGUGUCAACGGUUGUAGGAGCAGAAGAAGACCCACCCCAGAUUUUGCAAGUAAGAAGAAGGGUGUUUGUGAAAAUGGGAAUUGUGAAUCAUUAAGUGUUGUGGAUUUGGAUCCGCCGUUGCCGGUGGUCCGGCGAGUGCAGAAGGGCGGAGAAGAAAGAGGGGAAAUGGAGAAUCUUUGGAAGAGGAGGUCAGGUGGAAUUGUAUUACAGAGCUUGCAGAUUCAGCAAACUCAUGUUCGGAAGCAUCGGCUUCAGAUUACGACUGUUUGA